AUGACCCAUAGUUAUAAUGUUUUAUUUGGUGGAGAAGAUAAAUAUCUGGCUAGUAAAUUGGAUAAAGCAAUGCUGCAUUUGCUAAAUAUUGUUUAUGAUGAUGAUGAUGAUGAUUAUGGUUGUGAUUAUGGUUAUGAUGAUGAUAAUUCAAAAGAGACUCUAAAAAAUCAUUUUAUAAAAAUAGAUGAUAUUUCAAUAUCAAUUAAUAAUACAAAAAAAAUUGAAACAAAUAUAGCAUAUGAUUCAAAGUAUUUCGCAGUUUAUAGUUUUCUAACAUAUAUUAAAGAAAGAAACCCAAAAACUUCGUGGGAUAUCAAAAGAUUUGACACCGAUAAUUUCCUUUUUACUUUUUCUAGCAAAGUGGAAUUUACUAUUAAAAAUGAUUCAAAAAAUAUUUAUCUUGGUUUAAGAACACCAAUAUCAAAAUUACAUAGAAGGUUUGAUGAAAAGUUUAUUUUAAGUUUAAAUGAUAUCGAUAAUCAAUUUACAUUUCCAAAUUUAUUUCAAGUAUUAUUUAAUUUAGACAAGUACUUUUCUAUUAAUAAAGAAUUAUUCAAUGUUUUAAUAGAGAAAUUUGAACCACCUCUGAUUAUAGUCGGGAAAAAUGGUGCUGGUAAAACUAAACUAUUCAACGAUAUUAAAGAAGAUUCCAAUUUAAAAAAUUUUUUUAAAACCAAAAAUGCUAUUUAUUUAAAAGAUUCAAUGAUUUUAUCUUUUGAUGAUAGUGCCAAAAACCUAUUAUCAGGUUUUAUUAAAAUCUACCAAGCACACUCAUUAUUAACAGAAUAUAAAGGAAAUGGCCUCAAUAAUUAUAUUUGGGAUCAAGUAAACGAGAUGCUAAAAAGGUACAAAUUAACAUUUGAACUUGUUCCAGCAACAAAAUCCAACAAAGAUAACCAACUAUGUUUUAAGAAUGAAAGAGCAGAUUUAUCAUAUGAAGAUCUGUCCUCUGGUGAAAAGGUUAUCUUUUUUUUGAUCGGCUUGUUUAUAUAUUACAAAAGCUAUUCUAAAGAAUAUAAAGAAGGUGAAAAGUUUUUAUUGUUACUGGAUGAAAUAGAAUCACCGUUACAUGCAAAAUUUCUUCAAACUGCCUUUUUUAAAAUAAUUGAUGAAAUUCAAACCGUCUUUGUUGUUCUACUAUCAACCCAUAAUACAACAUCCAUUCGGGUAUCUGCACUACAUGGUUUUAAUUAUUACGCAAUUGACAGAAACAAUGAAAACAAAAUAAUAAUAAAAAAAAUCAAAUCCCACGAAAAUGCAAUUCAUCAAGUUAGUGACGGAAUGUUAGCAGUUGUAGAUAAUUCAAAGCUUGUAUGUGUCGAAGAUGUUGAUGAUAGAGACUUUUUUACCAAUGCAUUUCAAAAAAUUAUAUUGGGACAAAAAAACAAAUUUAAAAACUAUACCAAACUAGUAUUUUUUGAAUCUUCCUCACAAAAAUUUAAUAUAGAGGAUUUAAGAAAUAUUACAGAAGAAUUAAAAAAAACCAAAGAGAAUAUCACCAAUAUUAAAGACAUUACAGAAAAUAAAAUUCUAGAUAAAGUUAAUUCAAGUUUAAAAGGGAUAAUUGGAAAAGUAGAAAAAUUAAAAUCAGGAAACGGUGUUGGUGGAAGUUCGUAUGUAAAGAAAAUGGUAAAACUAUUAUCUCAAAAGGAUCUCUCGGGUGAAUCAUUUAUAUUAGGAAUUUCGCAAAUUCUUGGUUUAGUUGAUGGUGAUGAUGACUCAAAAAAUUGUGAUUAUAUUGUAAAACUAAAAUAUUAUUCACUCGAAAUGUAUUUAUGUUCACCGUUACUAUUAUAUUUUGUAAGAGACGAAAGAAACAAUAACUAUAAUAAUAGCUGUGAAGAAACUGACCCAGCUAAAAUGAUUGAUUUUGUUGUUAUAUUAUUAAAAUCAAAAGAAAAAGAUGUUAAAGAAUUAGUGAAAAAUGAAGAGGAAUGGAAAAAGCGUAUUGAUACCUUUUACGAUGGUCUUUCAAAUACUAUAGAUGUUCAAUUAAUAAAUGGAAGUGUACAAAUACCUGAAAUAUUCAUUAAAGGUGUUGGUGAUGCUGGCGGCAGAGGUCAUUAUUUAUUUGAAGCCUUAGUUAGAAUCUAUUCUUUGGGUGCCUCACUUCAAGAAUCAACAAAAUUGUUAAAAAACCAACUUAAAAAUAUUUUUAAAAACACUCUUGAUAUCGGAAAUGUCCCAAAAACAUUAGAAGAUUCUUUGGUAGAACUUAUGAGCUAUUCAACAGAGAAACCAUACUAA